AUGAAGCGGUUUCUUGCUUCUCUGGUUCUGUUGGGAAGUUUUCUGCAAGUUUCAGCACGAUGCACUGCUGCAGCCUCAGAGUUCACCCUGGAUGGGGAUUAUUUGAUCGGUGGGCUUUUUGAUAUUCAUUAUGUUCUAGGAACAGUUCAGCAUGACAGACCUGAAGCCCUUGACUGCUCCAGUCAACCCUUCAGCAUCUCAAAUUAUCGGAGGUUUCAGUUGAUGAGAUUCAUCGUAGAGGAGAUCAAUAACUCCACCAGUCUGCUUCCUAAUGUCUCUCUUGGCUACGAGAUGUUUGACCACUGCUCAGACACGCUCAGUUUUCCAGGCAUUUUCAAACUCAUCUCAGUCAACGGCUUGAUCCGUCCUUGGGCUGAACCAUACAAGCAUCUUUCCAAAGUGAUUGGAGUAGUCGGUCCUUUCACAAGCACCCAGGCCCUGACUGUAGCCCCCUUCUUCAUGGUGGAUCUUCUUCCUAUGGUCAACUAUGGGUCUUCAACAUCAGAUUUUUCCAAAAAAGCUAAAUUCCCAUCCUUCUUGCGAACAGUACAUCCCAACACAGACGUCAUUGAGGUGAUUUUCACCAUUAUAAAACACUUCAACUGGCGCUGGGUUGCUUUCCUUAACAGUGACAACGAUUAUGGCAGCGACGGCCUGGAACUGUUCACAGAGAGAAUUAGGAACACUGACAUUUGCCUGGCAUACACCAGAGACCUCGCUGCCGACACAGAUUAUUCUCAAAUGUUCAAAGAGAUAGAAAGGCAGAAGAUUCAUGUCAUUAUAGUUUUUACUCCAGAGAUGGCAGCUGAAGCUCUUAUCGAGUCAGCUGUUCGGAUGAAUAUCACCAACAAAGUGUGGGUCGCAAACGAUGCUUGGUCUUUGAACAAGCGCCUCCCAAAGAUGACGGGGAUCCACAACAUUGGAACUGUGCUGGGGGUGGCUCAGCCCGUGGUAACCAUACCCAGUUUCAGUGAUUUUAUUCAUUAUUCCAUGAGCCACGUUAAGUGUGAAAAGGAUGAACCUCAGAUGUUUUGUAAUCAAGUUUGCAAAUGCAAUGAGUGGAGCACCGAAGAGAUCCUUGAUGCCGACCCGUCGUUUUCUUUUCCUGUGUACUCGGCUGUGUACGCCAUCGCUCAUGCCUUGCACAGCACCUUACAGUGUGGAGCCACCACGUGUAAGAACAUCACAGUGUAUCCUAACAAAGUUCUGGCAGAGCUACAGAAGUCCAAUUUUACUCUGUUAAACCGAACAGUUCAGUUUGAUCACAACGGUGACCUGAAGUUUGGAUCAUACUCCGUCAUUUUCUGGAACAGCAGCGGUGACGCUCAGAACAUCGGCUUUUUUAACUUUUAUCCCAAACACAAUUUCUUCAUCAACAGUUCAAGUAUGAUUUGGUACACAAAUGGAGACGCGCCUACUUCGUUUUGUUCCCCAGAAUGUCCUCGGGGAUACGCAAGAAAGCAAAAUGAAAUCCACCGGUGCUGCUUCACAUGUGAAAUCUGUCCAAAUGGAACCUACAUCAAUGCUACAGAAAAUCCCUACACGUGUGUCCGCUGUGAGGAGACAGAGUGGUCUGCAGAAGGAAGUGCAUCGUGCAGUCUGCGGCUGGUGGAGUUCAUCCCCCUCACAGACAGCGGGGCUGUAGUGAUCAUGGUCGGGGCCUGGCUCUUCGUGGGCCUGACUCUGGCUGUGUCGGUUCUCUUUGCCGUCAACUACAACACGCCUGUUGUCAGAUCUGCUGGAGGACCCAUGUGCUUCCUGGUUUUAGCCUGCCUCAGUCUGUGUAGUGUUUGUGUGUUCUUUUACUUUGACAAGCCCACAGCUGCUUCCUGCGUCUUACGAUACUUCCCGUUCUUUCUGUUCUACACCGUUUGUCUUGCAUGUUUUGUUGUGCGCUCUUUUCAAAUAGUUUGCAUUUUCAAAAUAUCUGCCAAAUUCCCCAAACUCCAAGGCUGGUGGAGGAAAUAUCACGGCCAAUGGCUGCUCAUCACUGGAGCGUUUGUCACUCAGGCCGUGUUGCUGAUUAUUAGCUUUUGUUAUGACCCUCCCAGACCCUACAACGAAACAUCGUGGUACCCAGAACAAAUAGUACUUUUCUGUUAUUUGAACCUUGAAGCAACAGCUUGUUCAUUUGUUUUACUUGUAUUGCUGAGCUGUCUUUGCUUUCUUUUCUCCUACAUGGGCAAAGACCUGCCAAAGAAUUACAACGAGGCCAAAGCGAUAACGUUCUGCCUGCUGGUUCUGAUGCUCACCUGGAUCUUGUUCGUCACUGUGUACAUGCUUUACCAUGGAAAGUUCAUCCAAACUCUCAAUGCUCUGGCAGUCCUCUCCAGCCUUUACUCUUGUCUGUUGUGGUAUUUUCUACCAAAAUGUUACAUCAUCAUAUUUCAACCCCAGAGAAACACGCAGCAGUACUUUCAGGGCCUCAUACAGAACUAUACCAAAACAGUCAGCCAGUAG